UACUUGCGCGCUGGGAGAACUCCGUGUUUUCUGUCCUGUCAAAAGUUUUGUUUACGUGUAGUGACGUCACCCUGAGGUCGUUGGGAAGUGCACUAUUAUUAGCACUGUAUGCAGGUUGUUUUUCUCGCCAGUUUUGCUCUUGAAGCUGGUGCUGGACGACCUCGGCGUGUGCCGCUCGUAAUCAUUUAUUGUUCACAGUGUCGGUUGUGUCGUAUUCAUAUUGUUGUCGCUGUCAUCGACGAGACAUAAAACAGACCCUUUCGACAAACUCUACAUACAAUUUCGUCACAAAGACCGUCUGUCGUCUGAGUUCUGCUUAUGACGGUGGCAGCCAUGGCAGGGUCCUGCAAGACGUGCCUCAAGGUUUUCCUUGCUAUCAUCAACUUGCUCGCAAUGGCUGUUGGAGGAGCAGCGAUGGCUACCGGCAUCUGGUUCCUGGCAGCAUACAACUCCUACCUGCCGAACUACUUCGGCGUUUUGGACGGAAGCAGCGUGAGCCAGGAGGUGUUGCGAGAUGGCGCUAUCGUCCUGCUCGCCGCUGGCGCCGCCAUCUUCGCCUUCGCCCUCCUCGGGGUCGUGGCCGCCUGCACCUGCAACGGCGUCCUCCUGGUGGUGCACGCUGUUAUUGUCAUUAUCUUGAUGGUGGUGCAAGUAACUGCUGUCGUUCUGGCUAUCGUCUUCAGGAUUCGCAUUGCGACCAAGAUUGACAAUGAAGUAGCCUACAUGUUCAACGCGGACUACGGCAGACAGGACUCAGCUUUCACCUCGGCGUUCAACGCCUUUCAAAGCGAGUACAGUUGCUGUGGAUGGAGGAAUUCAUCUGACUACAUAUUGAGUGAACUGCGUCCCAUGAACUGGAACAAGACGAUGGUACCUGAGGAGUGCUGUAUCAACAGAAAUGAGACAUGUACAACCAAUCCUACGAACAACACAUUCUUGAUUACCCAGGGUUGCAGGGAAUCAUUGCAGGAUGUCUUGUUUACUUAUGGGAGUGCUAUAAUUGGCUUGAGCAUUGCUAUCAUUGGGCUAGAGUUUCUGGUGUUGGUGAUCACAUUGAUACUACUCAUGCAUACAGUGAACAAGAAAUAUGCUCUGAGCUGAGGGACUCCUGUGUGCGUGUUUUUUUAAUGUCAUGGAUUGUCACUGUGGAAACAUCAUGUAAGGAUUUCUGUUAACACUUCUGGGAAAUGCUGAAGAAAAGGCCAGUGGAUACAUCAGGACAUUUGUUACUUCAACUGCUGUUGAAAGUUAAUGCAGGUGGAUGGACUAUUUCCCAUUCUUCCACUUCCUUCAAUUUUUGCUUUAAGUAGCUCUUGGUUUUCGGGUUUCCCUUCAGCUUUAGUACAUUACCAUCCAAAAAAAAAUACAUAAUGUGUGUACAAGACUAGAGCAAAAUUUAAUCUGAGGGAUUGUUUUGAUUCUGGAUGAGAACAAUGCCACAGCUCACCAGAACAGGGAUUUAUUUGAUUAAUCUGUAAAUACCAUCAAACCAGAGAGACUGUCAGUACCUAAGUGACUCCUGACCUGUGAAUGAUGAGGUCAUAAUGGGGUCAUUGAUGGUCAUUCCUUUGAGAGAUUCUGGUUGUGUGCUCACCUGAAAGUACUACACCUGAACAGCUGCUUACUUGGUACAUGUAAAUGCAUGGAGAAAGAUGAUGUGUUCUUUGCUAUGUCUAUAAUCAUGCUGCAUAUCGGUUGGUUGUGGAGUUGGUUUUGUUUCUUGUUUUUGGGUUUGUUUUUUUUGUUGUUGUUGCUUAAGCUGUAGGUUACUGAUGUUUACAACUCUACAACCUCAAUUUUUAAAAAAAUUAAAAAAAAACUCUUGAAAAUAUGUUUAAGUGUUCAAAUACUUAUUAUUGUAACUGCUGAAAAAAGUAAACAUGCAUAGUAAUGCCCAUGAUAUUUUUCUUUUGCCCCAGUGGACAUAAAAUGUAAAAUGAUUGUUUAUAUUGAACAUCCUUUCAUAAUGUUUAAAAUUUUUUAAAAAUUUUUUAAAUGCAAGCUUUUGUUCAGAUGACACACUUUCCUGUGAGCAGUUGUAUAGAGAGAGUUUCAGGUAUGAAAACUGAGCACUUAACAUCAAGCAUAUAAUCAGUAAUGGGGAAAGAAGGUAAAUGUGGUGCUGUGGAACAGUUCCACGAUGAGAGUUCUCCACUUGUAAGAGAACAAGAACAUCACAGUGAACAGCAAGUGAAAAAAUGCCUGCUUUUACUAAAUACAAUAAGUACAAAUUCUCCAAAAUUCUGCAUUUGCCUAAAUUUUAACUCCAUGAUUUAGCUUGUGCACCUCAUGUGUCCAGCUUCCUUUGACCUGAUUGCAUGUAAACGUUUUGGAACUGAAAUCUAGAAAUGAUAAAAUAUGUAUAGUUUAUUUAUUCCUUACAUUCCAUUGACAUUUACAAUGUUACUAUCAUAGACAUGGUUCAGUACAAGCAUUGAUGUGCUGAUAUCAUUUAGGUUCAUUACUGUAAAGAGCAUUGUAAAUGUUAUAUAAUCAAAUUUUAAUGUUUGAUCCUGAUAAUGAGGUAGAAUCCUGUCCAUUCUACAGAAGGAAACUUCCUUUUUUUCUGGUUGUUAAUCUAAAACGCUGUUUUUUUUCACCUAUUGGUAUUCAAGCACAUUUCUAUGAAUGACAAAUGAUAAAUGGCCAACUUUGUUAAUCCCAGUGGGCAAUUAUAUUAUAAUUAUUAUACUAUCAGAGGACACUGCUGAGAGUGUUGUCAUCUUCAGUAAGCUAAUAAGCUGUUCAAGAGCAUAUCUUAAUGUUCAACUUGAUUGUUUACAGACAUUAUGCUGCAACUGUGCAUGAUUUUGUUGGUCUAAAUACCAGACUGAGCUUAAGAAGCAUUCUUGGACAUGCUGAUACUGACAAGCAUCAAACAUUAGUAGGAAUGACUUGUCAGCUGUUGCUUUAUUUGUUCCACCAUGUACACAGAGGGUAGUUAAUUCUUGGAAAAGGAUAUUCAGAUGUAGCAUUAACUGUAGCCAAGGAUAUGUACUGCCAUUUAUAAAGAAUGUGAUGCUGAAAGAUUCUGUAUAUAAAGAUCUGUAAAUAGUAGUUUGUAAUAAUUUCACCAUCAGAAGACAUCUGAAAGCAAAAGAGUAGAGGGAAGCAACUACCUUAAUGCAACUACUGUUUCAUUGUCUUCAACAUGCACUAACUGUACCACCAAAAUAGCGGUUUGUGUUGAUUCAUAUGAGCAUUCCAUGUGCUCUUAGCAGUAGACAUCAUGCUAGAGAGGUUUGGAUUCAAUGUGUUAAUCUUAAUUUGAAAAUUUGGCAAGUAUCCAGUUUUACACCAUUGCUUCCAAUUAUCACCUUCUUGCACAUUUGUUGUCUGCACACUUAUUCUUAAGAUUUAUGAUAUAUUUAGACAUUGUAAAAUAAUCUGUGCACAUGUCUUAAUUUAAUAAUUAAUUUAAAGGAAAUAACAUCAUUGUUAUCAUGUAUGAUAAAAGGAACUUCUGCCAGUGGGAAAGAAUUAUAAGUUGAUCAUUUCUUUUAAAUUAUAGGAAUUAGCUUUUAGAUAACACUGAAGUCAGAAGUUUGCAUCCCUGAUAGCCAGUGAUCAUCAAAUUAAAAACUGGAGACUGAAAGAUGAUUUCCAAGUAGAUUUUAUGAUCCUCUCUAUAUUUUUUUCUACAGUAGAAAUGAACUACUUAUUAAAUGGCAUCAUAUUGUUGAUAUUCCAUUCACCACCAGCAUAAUCAUGAGACAUGAAGCACUGCUGCAUUUCCUCUUUGUCAUGCUUUUUAACCCAACAAGCUCAGUAGUGUGUGCUUCAUUAUUAUUAUUGCUGUAUGCACUAUAGUGAUCAGAUGUGGUGCACCUGUAUCAGAAAGUUUAAACUAACAACAGCCCUGACCAUGCACUUGAAAUUCACUAAGAUAUUUUAUCUGAUAAAGAUUUACCAAAUGUGAUUAAUGUUAUCAUUUUUCCUUCAAAAUCUACUGUUUUCAUAGAAAAAAUACUCAUGUUACUUAAAUCUCAGCCAAUAUUAUAAUUUUAAGUUUCUGAAUAAGAUAUUCUUGUUAUAUUUUAAAUGUAGAAAAAGCUUAUAUAUUUACAAUAUUUUGUAAUGUAUCCAAAAUAAAUAUAUGCUUAUUUUUUUCACUUACUUUUAAUGUAUUCUUUGCAGUUGUGAAUUUGGGGCUCUAUGUGCAUGAAAGAGAAAGCAUGCAGGUCUCUCUACUUCUUUACAGAUUAGUAUAGUAGUAACAAGUAGUAUAGUUUUAGGUGUAUGCCUGCAUGUGCACAUGCAUGUGCAUGUGUGGAGACAUGCAUAGUUUUAGUAAACAUGUUAAUGCAUGGCAUUAAAUUCUUUUUGGUCAUACACUAGUAUCAUCUUAAUGCACAGCUAGGAUACAUUAGAAAGAUUUUCAAACUUAUUUUCAACAGAAACAUAGAUUUUGUAAAAGCAAGCAUUGUAAAGUUAAAAUCAAAUUUGUGUGUUUUCAUAACUUAAGAUGUGUAUAAUGAAAACAAAGUAUAAUGAAUAAAAUUUGCUGUUAUUUGUCCCA